CACGUGUGAGACAAGAAGGCCAUCAAAGUGAAGAAAUCACGACCAUGUCCGCCAACGAUCCUGGCUUCAUCGCCGCCUUGGAGGAGGCCAAGAAAGGCUUCGCGGAGGGUGGUGUACCCAUCGGUGCGUGCCUCGUCGCCGCCGAUGGCAGAAUUCUUGGACGAGGGCACAACAUGAGGGUUCAAAAAAGUUCAGCUACUCUACAUGCCGAAAUAUCUGCUCUCGAGAAUGCCGGCAGGCUCCCGGCUUCAGAGUACAAGAAUGCGACAAUGUAUACUUCGCUCUCACCGUGUGACAUGUGCACCGGCGCCUGCAUCUUGUACAAAGUUUCGCGCGUCGUUAUGGGCGAGAACAAUACUUUUGUUGGUGGCGAAGAGCAUCUUAAACGCAAUGGCAUCGAAGUCAUCAAUCUGAAGAACGCCGAGGCCGAACAGUUGAUGAAAGACUUUAUCAAGGCGCAUCCAGAGGACUGGUUCGUCAUUAUGCGUGGCUGA